CUCGACAGUCUCGUGGGGUCGUCCUCGUCAUCAUCCCUCGCUACCGUUGAGCAGCCAGACGACGGCGUGCGCUGCUUUGUCGGUCCGCAGCGGCCCAAGAGCACACCCUUUCCCUACGUUCCAAGCGACCACGGCGCCGACGACGGCGACGGCACACCUCCGUCGGUGCCCAACGAAUCUUCCUGCCCCUCUCCGGCAUCACCACUGACCAGACAUGUCGUCCCCUCCUCCCCCCCCCCAAACUGCAUGCCGGCUCAGCAGCAGCCGUCGGACGGCAACGGUCCACAACAGCAGCCCACGGCUGUCGCCGCCGAUAGCAGCGGCAGCAGCGGCAGCGGCAGCAGCACGUUUAUGAACCUUCCCACGGAGAUCCAAGAGGCCAUUCUCGAUCACAUAUUCGGCUUCCGCGUAUCGUCGACGUCGACGAGCGGCAUGGAGAUCAUCUCGUCGUCGCCGUCGUCACCGGUAGCGAGAGAUUGCAGCUGGAGCACAGCCAUGCGCCACUCGCGCCGGCGCGAACUGACACAGCUCGCCCUCGUCAGCGCUACGUGGAGGUACCUCGUCCAGCAGCGGCUGUACCGGCACAUCAAGCUCAAGGGCACCGUCGACGUGGUCGAGGACGCCAUGGUGCACCUGUCGACGCACCCGCACCUCCGGCCGCUGGUGCGUCACCUGGAGAUCUGGUUCCCCGUCUUCCAGCCGAAGUACGGCGACAGCGGCGCCGGUGGCAGCAAUAUGCGGAAUCCGCUACCGGCCGCCACGGCGGCGGGCGGUCUCGCGCUACCGACCGUCACGACCGACGGCCUGACGAACGCGACCUACACGCUCCCACGGAACAAGUGCAGUCUCGACGAGACGCUACGCUUCGUGGAAGCCGCUCUCCCCGAGGUACGGGUGCUCACCCUCGAGGGCGGGGAGCGCCGCAAGGCACCGAAAGUGGCGCACUUUCGGCACAGCAGCAGCCCGGAGACGGGGUCGGAGCCGGGGUCGGAGCCGGAACCGCGGCAGUUCGUCCUGCUGCCCAGCGUCAAGACGCUCAUCACCCGGGGCCAGUGGAACCUUGCCCGCGACAACGCCGACCUGUCGACCCUCCUCGCCGCGCUCCCCAACCUGAGGGACUGGUACGCUUCGUACAGCAAGCCCAAGUCCAAGUCGUACAUCGGCAUGGCCGAGUUCCUCCCGCUGCUGCCGCCCCGCAUCGCCACCCUCAAGCUGUGCCUCGAGUCCGACUACCGCCGCGAGUCGGUCGUGCCGCCCUUCUUCCUCAAGGCCGCCGAGCGCACGCACGUGUGCUCGUCGCUCGCCACGGCCGCCGCCUCGGGGCUGGAGCACCUCUCGUACACGGGCCGCUGCUGCCACGUGCUGUUCGACAGGAUCGCCAGGCUGACGGCCGACUCGAGGGAUUCGCGCCUCAGGUCCGUCGACAUCACCCUCAAGAACUGCUGCAGGCCGCUGAGCCGGUACUACGAUUCCGGAUCGGGGAUACACGACAUGGGCUUCAUCGAUGCCUUUGAGAGGCUGGUCCUCGCGGCUAUCCGGUCUCUCAGGGUGCUCAAGCAAGUCCACUAUCUCAGGAUACGAUUUGUAGAUCUCGAGUCCGCACUACCCCCUCUGAAUCCGUACUUCCUCUUCAAGAACAACACGUGCUCCGGUGUGUGGAGCGGAGACAUCCUGUCCGAGAUGAGCGCCGCGAGGCCCUACGCCCAGUGGGACGACCUGACCGACUCGUUUGGAAACAUCGUCUAUAACAAGGAAGGACGAAUGGUCAUGUCCCCCCAGGUGCCGGGGAAGAAGAUGACGUCGCUGAAGCUGACCAACUACCGCCUCUUGUCGCAUCGGAUGACGAUCCACUAG